AUGCCGAGCCUAGCGGAGAGCGGGAGGACUGGCGGCCGAGAGGCGCACAAAAUGAAGACCCUGAUGCGCCACGGGCUGGCCGUCUGCCUGGCUCUCACCACCAUGUGCACCAGCUUGUUGCUCAUGUACGGCGGCAUUGGCGGCGGCGGGGGCCACCCGGAGCCGCGGCGGCGGCAGCAGCAGCAGCAGGUGGCGGCGGUGCCCAGCCGCCCGCCGGGACGCGGCCAGGACCACCCGGCGAUCCCCGUCGGGGCUGGUCUCCUGGAGGGCUACAUCAGCGUCCUGGAGCACAAGCCAUUAAAAAUGCACUGCAAGAGUUGCGCCUUGGUAACCAGCUCCGGACACCUGCUGGGAAGUAAACAAGGUGACAGAAUUGACGAGACAGAGUGUGUAAUACGAAUGAACGAUGCCCCUACUCGAGGUUAUGGGAAGGAUGUUGGAAACAGAACAAGCCUUCGAGUCAUCGCACACUCCAGCAUUCAGAGGAUUUUGCGGAACCGCAACGAACUCUUAAAUACGAGCCAUGGGGCUGUGUUCAUCUUCUGGGGUCCCAGCAGCUACAUGAGGAGAGAUGGUAAAGGCUUGGUGUAUAAUAAUCUGCAGCUGAUGAACCAGAUACUGCCUCAAUUAAAAGCGUAUAUGAUUUCCCGCCACAAGAUGCUUCAGUUUGAUGACCUUUUUAAACGGGAAACUGGGAAAGACAGGAAGAUAUCCAACACUUGGCUUAGCACGGGCUGGUUCACAAUGACUAUCGCAUUAGAGCUCUGUGACAGGAUAAAUGUUUAUGGCAUGGUGCCACCGGAUUUCUGCAGGGAUCCUAAUCAUCUUUCAGUACCUUACCAUUAUUAUGAACCUCUGGGACCUGAUGAAUGCACAAUGUACAUUUCCCACGAGCGGGGCCGAAAGGGCAGCCACCAUCGUUUCAUCACAGAGAAACGAGUGUUCGAGAACUGGGCACGGACAUUCAACAUUCACUUCUUCCAACCAGACUGGAAACCAGAGCCACUCACUGCAAAUCACCCCGAGGGAAAACCCGUGGUCUGA